AUUCCUGGGUGCAAAAAGGUGGCCACAGCCUUUACACUACCCAGUAGUGGUCCCGCCGGUGGAACUGGGGCGACUGCCCGCUACUCCCGUCCAGCGGAUGCCCCAGAGAUGCCCUCUCCGCCGGAGCCGGUCAGCUGUUCCCACCGGCGCGGGUACGACCCGGUCGCUACGACGGGGAAGCGCCUUUGGAGACAUACGCAACUCCAAAAUGAAGACACUGGAAUUGACCUCUGUGUACCGGUGUAUCAGGAAAUCCGAGGCUCCAUGAUGACGGGUCACGUGGAGUAUCAGAUUGUCGUGGUCUCUCGUCUGGCAGCAUUCAAAUCAAUAAAGCAUAAACCCGAGGAUGUUGUGCAGCUUGUGGUGUCUAAAAAGUACAGUGAAAUUGAUGAGUUUUACCAGAAGCUUGUGGCUCAUUAUCCGAAAAUUGCCCUCCCUGCCAUGCCCAGGAAGGCUCUGUUCGUGGGUGAUAUGGACAUCAAGGAGAGAAGAGUGACGUUUGAUGAACUGGUGAAGUUCAUCUCUAAGAAUACAACACUUGCAACCUGUCCAGAGUUAUUGGAAUUCCUAGGAGUGAAGACUACAGAUGUUGUUGACUUAAAGAGUAAAAAUGUUCCUGAACAGGAGGAGGAGGAGGAAGGAUUUGAUUUCUUUUCUAAGGAAGAGGUCCUUCCUGCUGAGGAGAUACCUCGACUGAGACAAAACAAAACAACAAAACUCUGCAAACCCCCAGAUGACGAUGAAGAAGUAGAAGAGAGCUUAGAUCCAUUAGGGAUCAUAAAAUCUAAAAAAAUAAAGAAGCCAGCUUCUGAGCAACGGAUAAAAGGGAAGUUUUCUUUGUUUGACGAAGAGGUGGAUCCAGAUGAUGAUUUGUUUGAACCAGCAAAGGUGUCCAGUACAACCAAUAAAGUCCUCUCUGCUAAAGACAGUGGUUUAAAGUUGUUUGAGGACCCAGACCUUGGGGGCGCAGUGAAGGCAGGUGAUUCCCUGCUGCUCCCCACUGCUCACACAGCCGUCGGGGCUGAGACUGAUUCCAUACUGGACGAAGAAACAGAAGAAUUGUUCAGGGUAGAGGAUGACUUUGAUAAACUCCUUAAGGUCAGCAGAAGUGCAAAACCAAAGCCUAAACUGCCUCCUAAACCCAAGCCAGCUGUUGCAAAAAAACCCUCGUCUUUAUCAAAUAGUGGUGCCAGUUUGCCUGCAGCUCCCAUACCAGAGAGUAAAAUGGAGAGCAUGGAUCAAAUGGACAUUCUGAAAUACAUCCAGCAAAAUGAAUCUGUCGCCACUGACAACGUGGAUUUGUUUUAAUAAGGAUUUACAUUCUGAUCAUUCAAAUGGAGAAGAAUAUUUACAGACUGCAUUAAGGAACGAGAGUUAUGAGAAGGUGUUUCCAGACCUCCAAAACAUAACAACGGAAAGUGAAGCAAAAAAUUCAGCAAAGUAUACAGCCAUGGGGAAUGUAAUCAGCAAUUGCAAUACUGGGUUUAACGUACAGUAUCUUUUUUUGUAAAAUAUGUAUUUUUCACCUGUAAAAUGACAGGUUGCAUUUCUUCCUAUUAAGAAUAAAUAAAACAAGUCCAACAGUCCUGCUGUUUCAGAUGUUACCAAUACAUGUUCUGAUAUCAAAAGUAUGUGGGCUAGACAGUUUUGAGACUUCAGAGUUUAAGAGGUUUUGUACUGCACAGGUUUCUUGAGCUGUCUUCUAAAACGUUCCUGAGGAAAGAAAGAGUACGGAACAACAUUUAACACUAAUAAGGGAAGAGUUGGCAAAAAAUGUUUUUUUGUGUUUGUGAAGUAAUUAACAUCUUAGAGGCCAAUGGCUUAUUGAAGUCACAUUGGAUGGAAUUCAGGGCUGCUUGACAGGAAGAUUUAAUUUGGUGGUACUCUAAUGGUGGUUUUACUUUAUAAAUGGAUAUCAGAAGCUAUGAAACCUCCAUAAUAUAUCUAUUUGAGAACAAAUUGACUUUCAUUAAUAAACAUGGCAUUAGUCAAGAGCAAAAGUGAGUUCCUACCAGGUUAUUAUUAAUCUAUUUUUGUUCUGUUCUGAAUUUCAAAUUGUAAAGCUUUAAUUGAAUUUUGGUCCUUGAUGUAAAUUGUUCAUCUGGAUUUUUCACUUUGUAUCAAAUUCUGUAUACUCCAGUUAUACAUUUCUCAUCGAUUUGUCUCUAGAGGCAAAGGGAGGCUCAGUAGUGGGCAAUUCCUUGUCUCUCAAAGCACACUUGUGCUCUUGAUAUUUAUAAAAUACUGUUACUCAUACCAGAACUCCGUACUCUCAAUUUCUCAGAAGCAAGGGGAGAGCGAUGUUCACUUUCUUCCAAGAAACACAUGGAUCUGGAGCUUAAAUCUUUGCUUUAUGCUUGGCAGAGAAAAAAAAAGCUAAAGGUCAUAUAUUAUAGGGUAUAUAAAUCUGUCACAAUAUAACUACAUUAUUUUCAAAUAACCAUUGAAAAUGCAUUGUUGUUAAUGGUAAUUGAAUUACCAUACAAGCAGGAAUAUGUAACUAUGGAAAAAAUCUAAGGCUAAGAUAAAGAUUUCUUUUUGAAAAAGCAUUUUUUCCUUUACUUAAAGGUAUCUAUUGUCUUUGUAAUGUUCAUAUUCAGUAGCUUAAUUUUGCUGUUAUAAAAUGUCUUAAAUUCUCCAUUCAUUGUCUGUAUCUGUGUGCAUAUUCUGCCCAUACCCUGUAUUGUUUGCAAUGCACAGCACAGUUCUGUGUGGUGCCCAGUAUAUACAGUAUGUCGGUAAUGAAGGAUUGUAUAAUUAUUUUGUAAAUUGGCUUGCAAAAAGGCAUGUUCUGGCAUGCACUAUACUCUAGUUGAAUUCUGUUCCAAAUAGGGCAUUAAUCCAGUUAAAAGUUCUACUGCAGAAUUAAAAAUAAAAUGUAUUAAAGAGACCAUAUGGCAUGUUACAGUAAUUACAGAGAAUAUUAAAUUAAAGGAGCAUAAUUUAAAAGACCACAGUGGCGUCGGAGCCAGUUGCCCCACAACCUUCUGUAUUUCUGGGAAGCUUGCAUUAGUUCUAAAAUGGUAAAUAUUUUGGUGAAAAUGUAACACUAAAUGAUGAAAAGAAACUCUAACUGUAUAUACAUUUAUUUUGUUGAUUUGUUGUAUCAACUGCAAAUAUCCUGUACAAUCAGAAUCUCCUCCUGCUGUCGCUGGACUAAAAUCAAUUAGGUGAUGUAAAAGGUUGAUGACUGAGCUUAUUUCCUUGGUGUACCCUACUUGCAUUGUUGUUUAAGUUUUUUUUAUUUUGUUUUUCCUAAACAGAUGUGUACAAAAGUGAAUCAGAGUAGACUUGCGGGAAAUCCUUGUGAAAUUUCUUCUUAUGAAGCACCCCACCCCCCACUGUCUGUCCAUUGGUCACUGUUUAAAUGUGUUCUGUAAUCCACUCAGCCCUACAGAUGAAAUGUACUGAAAUGUAUUGAAAUGUAUUAAAAUGUAAUUUUAAUGUUG